GUGGGCAGGGCGGCGGAAUGUUGGGUGGUGAUGGAUAAGGGGGUGCCAGGCCCCCUGCAUCCCCGCCGGGGAGGGGAGGGGGCAGGAGGGGGUGCAGAGGCAGCGCCCCGGGAGCCGCGCUCCCUCCCGCCCCCGCUGGCCGGGCGCCAGGCGGCCGCCGCCGCAUCAAUAUUUCAUCCGCGUCCAUAAGAGGCGGCGAGACAGCGGCUGCCGCAGCUCCCGGGCAGCACAGCACGCACGAGAGUCGGGUCCCUGUCCCUGCCGCCCGCAGGCCGAGCGCCGCCCCUGCCCGCCACCAUGGACGUCUUUAAGAAGGGCUUCUCCAUCGCCAAGGAGGGCGUGGUGGGCGCCGUCGAGAAGACCAAGCAGGGGGUGACGGAAGCCGCCGAGAAGACCAAGGAGGGUGUCAUGUAUGUGGGAGCCAAGACCAAGGAGGGCGUUGUGCAGAGUGUGACCUCAGUCGCUGAGAAGACCAAGGAGCAGGCCAACGCCGUGAGCGAAGCCGUGGUCACCAGCGUCAACACCGUGGCCGCCAAGACCGUGGAGGAGGCGGAGAACCUCGCGCUCACGGCGGGGGUGGUGCGCAAGGAGGACCUGGUGCAACCAGCCCCCCAAAAGGAGGAUGAGGCAGCCAAAGAGGAAGAGGAAGGGGCUGUAGAGGCCCAGAGUGGGGGACACUAGACAGCUGGAAGUCCGCUGCGGAGGCCCGAGGACCACCUCUCUGCCUUGGACCCCAUCCCCUCCUGGCGCAAGGAGCACCCACUCAGGGGCGUGACCCCGGGGGGCUGCAUGGGCUCCCCGCCUCUGCCCGGUGGCCGCCGCCUUCACCUCUCCCCUCCUCCCUCCCACUCCUGCUCCUUCUGACCCCACAGAUGCUGCUGUGAAUUUUUUGUUUGUUUGCUUUCAAGAUUCCAAAUAAAACUCUAGUCCACACCCCCGGCCUCUCCA